CGCGUUCAAAUAAAGCGCGGGAUUCGAGCAACGACUCCAUUUCUUGUUGUUCUUGUCGAAAAUCGCUUCUUUCCAUCAAAAUACAUAUAGCACAAGUCACCAAUACAGUCAAAAUGAGGCGGCAAACGCUUGGGAUGCUAAAUAUUGGCAAUCAGCCUCGGCAACCCCAAGAAAAAAAGAAAUCGUUGGGCUCAAGAAGACAGUCUACCGGUGGAAGGCUAUCGUUGAGUGGUCGUCCGUCGGGCAUUAGAAGAUCCAGUCAAUAUGGUGCUGGAAGCUCACAGGUGGUAAAAGAUCCCCGGCCUUUGUCUGACAAAGGAUAUCAACAAAAGAUGAUUAGAACUCUAACAGAGUUCCUGACAGAGUUUAAUUACCCCCACCCAAUCUCCAAUAGAAUCCUGAGUGCUCCACCAAUGAAGGAGUUUAAACGAAUUUUUUUGUUUAUCUACAAGUAUGUCAAUGACAGCUCAAAGGUUCAAACUGCAAUCGAGAAAAAGCCUGAAGAAGAAAUUCCAAAGAUCUUGAAAAUGCUUGGGUACCCAUUUAACAUCUCCAAAAGCUCCAUGUUCUCAGUUGGUAGUCCCCAUACCUGGCCAAACUUACUGGGAGCCCUGUGUUACCUUAUUGAGCUUAUAAGGUAUUGCAUCGAACUGAGUGACAGUGACAAUAUCCUGUUUCUGGAAGAUGCAUGUGAAGGAGCAGAUGCCGGCGAUGGUCCAAGCUAUUUCGACAAGUGUUACUUUGAAUACCUGGAGAAAUCAUACUCUGCUUUUCUGAUGGGCAAAGAGCUGGAUGAACUUGAGGAGUAUGAUCAUGAUUUUUACCAGCAGAUCCGAUCCAAGUAUAAUGCCAAAUACCAAGAGCUUGACGAGCUGAAGACUGAAAAUGCAGAAUUGGAAAAUGAGCUUGCAAAACUAGAAGGAAUGUCAAUGCUUCAGGAUUGUAUCCAACAAAAGAAAGGCCUUGCUGCAGAUGAAGAGAAAUUCCGCAAAUACAUCGGAGAUCUAAAGCGACACUCCACCAAGAUGGAGGAGUCAGAUGCGCAGACAGAAGAAGAAAUCCAAGCAAUAAGACUUGAGCUUGAAGAGAUCACAAGAGAAAACACACAAUUACAGACCCAGCUCAACCAACAAGAGCUGAGUCCAGCUGAUGUAGAGAACAUGAAGAAGGAGAAACAAGAAUGCAAGAAGAUGGUGCAGACCUUGGAGCAGAAACGGGAUGGGAUUGACCAGCAAAUAUGGGAGCAGGAGAUGAAGUUUGCUAAGACCCAUGAAGAGACUCAUAAGCUUGUUAGCGAGUAUAACGUGACAGCAAGGAAGCUAAAGCUGAUCCCGGCGUCCGCCCCAAAUGCACUGGGUCUGGACCUAGAAAUGCGCUUUAACCCAAUGGAUAUGCAGCCAGACUUUGGUAAACACUUCAAGGCAAAAAUCAAGAACCCGCUUAUCAGCCUCAAGCAGAAAAUCGCGGAAUCAACGCGGGAAAUUCAGUCGCACAAGAUCACCGAAGUGGAGAGUCUGGACCAGAUAACGGAUAUGGUCGAGUCGAAAAAGGAAGAAGCGGAGGCUCUGGAAGCAAAGCUUGCGGGACUAGAUAAGGAAUUGGAAUGGAGAAGAGACGUAAUGAAUAAAGAAUAUACACGACUUGCAAGCGAACUGCAAGCGCAAGAAGACAAAGUGCUCAACAUGAAACAGCAAGUCCAAGCAGGAACCGAGAAGAAAGAGCAGGAGCUUAGAGAAGUGCAAGAAAGGGCGGAGUCACGCCUCCAAGAGAUGGCCAAUAUGCAUAAAGAGUACGAUGACUUUCUUGGGCGGGCAGGGAUGCUUGUCAUGGAUCACAAGACAAUUAUGCAGAAUCGAGUAUCAGAGAUCCAGCAACUAGCAAAAGACCAACUCAACCAGGCAAAGCGCCCGAACUCAUGAGAACCCGCGAACCCUGGAUGUUGUAAAUAAUCGCACCAGUGUUGAUGUAAAAUUUCUUCCUGAAAAGUCAAAAUCAAACCAUCGUAAUUUUUCCAUUGUUUCACUACUAAAAGAGUGCAAUCUACCCUAGUGUGAGAACCACCUGUAAGUGAUAUAGCUGCCCCGAUCAAUCAGAUAUGCUGACAUAUCGUUUACAGCAAUAUGGCUUUGGAUGCUAUUCUGUCGCAACAAAGAUUUCGACCCCCUUAAAAAGAGAGAGAAUUGAUCUUGUUUUUUUUUUCUAUUUAAUAUUACAUCUGUGUAUGUUCAUUAUAGCAUUAUUUUAUAUAAAUAUUUUUGUUUGAAAAA